CUACCAUCACUGCGCUCACUCACACACACACACACACUCACACACUCACAACAGAAAGUUUGGAGGCCAGGCGAGCACCGGGACACCGACGGAUAGGAAGUGACGAGACUUCAUGAAUUGCAGAAGGAGGGCAAAAUAAGGAGACGGGAAUAUCAACACAAAGCAGAAUGAGAAGCAACGUGCGAUCCUCGGACUCCUGGCUCUAGCGCUGGGGGGGAACUGAAAUGCGCAUGACCUUAUCCACAACGCCGGAGCGAGAGACUUUCAAUGGAAGUGAGCUCGGCUCCCAGAAGUGAAAAGCAGAGAUUUUAGUAAACGGGCAUUGUCGUCUGAUUUCCAUGACCGUGCUUGUGAUUCUGGAAAGUGCUGGCACACGGGUGCAUAUGGAAGUGCGACCUAUAAACUGCAACCCCACUUUCAAUAUGAAGGAAAAGACUUUACGAAAAAAUCCAAGAAACUAGUUAGGGGAUAUGAACGCAUGUUUUUGUAUUUCGCCUCUAUAUUUUUUUUUCCUCUGUAGGGUUCAGUUUUGCGUCUUUGGGGAUGUUUGCGAGUUGCGUCUCUGCGGCUUCAGUCGGGAUACUGAUCCGUCUCUGCGCCCUGGUGCUGGUCGUCGCUGUGGGACUCGGUUCAGAGCUGCGGGUCCGGGUCCGGCUCGCUGACGGACUGGUGACCGAGGAGGUUUUGGAGGCGGACAGCGAGAGAGACUCGAUAUCGCUGGAGUUCAAGCAGGGAGAUGGAACACUCAUCACUUUUGUGGCGGACUUCAAACAGGAUGUGAAGAUAUUCCGAGCGCUGAUCCUGGGCGAGCUGGAAAGAGGACAGAACCAGUACCAGGCUCUGUGCUUCAUCUCUCGUCUCAGCCGCAAUGAGAUCAUCCCAAGCGAGUCCAUGGCCCGUCUCAGACAGAAAAAUCCUCAGGCUAUUCGCUUGGCAGAGGAGCGGAGAGGACUUGAACAGCUGACGAUGAGCGCUGCGGUCAAUCUUAGUCAGGCCUCUCAACUCAGCUCCCAUGUCCACAACAUGUGCAGCGAGGCCCAUGAGGCCAUUUACACCAGGGAGUCCGAUGUCAAACACUGGCUGGACAAAGGAAUGGACGGCUCCAUAUUCACUGUCCUGCCCCAAACAACAGAGGUGCCCGGCUUUCAGGCCUGUCACUCUACUAAAGACUUGUGGCAGCCCUGUCUCUGCACAUACAGCCUGCGGCUGGAAUGGUAUCCAUGUCUGCUGAAGUACUGCCGCAGCCGGGACACCACGGGCAAAGGCUCCACCUACAAAUGUGGCAUAAAAAGCUGCAGCAAGGGUUACCAUUUCACUUAUUAUGUUCCCCAAAAACAGCUGUGUCUAUGGGAUGAGGAGACCUAGCAUUUUGUUUGGGAUGGUUAAGAAAAGAGAAACCUUUUCCACCAGCCGAGCCAAUGCUUCACCACUAUUCAAAGUAAACGCAGUAACACUGGACCUCAGUUUAUGUGAUGUGAAACUGUCUCAGGUGGAGAGUAGUGAGAUCUAGAUGGCCAAGCUGAAACAGAAAUUAUUUCAGGUUCCAAAUGAGACCAAAACCGUUGAAGAAGGAAAGAUGCAGCACGUCAUUCUAAGAGGACCCACUACCUUUUUUAAAAGCAUUUUCUGGGACAGUGACAUAUCGUUGUCAGCUAUAAUGUGACUUUGCCAAGAAGCUGAAUUUUGUGCCUUUUUUUUGGGAGAGAUUGGAGCAGAUGAGAGUGCCAACAUCAAUAACCUCCCAAACGAGCUGCAGUAUGCACAAAGCUGGACAGUUCAUUUCUGGUCAGUUUCACACCAGCAAAGGAGCAACAGAGUCCCACUCUGAUCAAAGGAGUCAUACUGGAAAACAUAAUCUUCCAUCCUGGUGAAGGGAAAUUUGGAUUAUGGAAAUAUCUUUCUUAUAAAGCUCUGUGAACAACUGUUUAUAGCCAACAAAACGCCUGUUUGUAACUGCCUGUUUAUAAUGUAAGCUGGCUGACAUAGGAAAUGCUUCUUCAAUGCUAGCUUUAUUUAUUUUGGUUGCAAAUUGAAAUUAUUGAGAACUUUUGUUGUAUCGUUUUGCAUUAAUCAAGCUCUAAAGUCUAAACCACAGGUCCUCAGUAACAGUAAGUUUUCACACACAUUUCAGAACAUUCUAACCUCUUGGAUUUUGGAUGUUGUUUCUAGACUCAUCCAUACUUCUUGCGUCUUAGUUGCCACAUUCUCAUGGUUGUAUAAAAAGUGUGGAUGAACUUACUGAAUUAUUAUCUUCUUUAAUAGGAGAGUUGACACCUCAUGCCCACCACUCACAUUCUCAGUCUGUUUUAAAAGUGUGAAAUAAACCAAAGUCAAAGAAAAUACUUUCUAAGUAAGGGUGUAACGUUUCAGUUUCUGUAAACAGACUUUUCACCGUGGUGUUUUCCCAUGUUAGGAGUCACUUCAGAAUGGCUUUUAAAAAAAGUCUAUACUGCCACCUUCUGGUUAAACAGUGUUUCAGUUUCUUAUGUUUUCUGUUGUAGCCAUAGACCAUAUUUAUAUGAAUUGAUAUACAGUCUAUGGUUGUAUCCCAAUGCCAAAAUUCUGGUUUUUGGUUUUUCAGUUUUGACAGUUUAUGUCAACAUGCGUAAUUCAAGGAGCACUUCUUAACUCAUGGGACCAAAUUUUAUUUCUAUAGGUUGAAGUAUGAUUUUGGUUUGUCUUACCUCCAUCUUCAUUUCAGUCUUAACUCGAAUAUCAAAAGAUCAUUUUGUGUUUUGUGUAUUAGUAUGUCCAGCUAACUAAAGAACCAAAUGAGUGAAAUAUUUCUAUUUUUGGCUUUUACCGGUGAUCCAAGUGCCUUAACAUUUCCGCUGAUAUCUUUGCGAUAUAAUUGUAGAUUAAUGUGUAAACAUAUUUUUUCUAUGAAAGAGUUAAUAUUUUGUAAAAAGUUGCCAUAAGAAGAAAAUGAAGCGAAUAGGUAAUGUACCAUUUAAGAGUUGAGUUUUAAAAGAAUUGUUUCAAUAAAGUCUUUCUUUGCACUGCA